AAUGAUGGCCUGAGUAUUAGGUUUUGUUUACUUUUUUGUUUACAUUUUAUUUUUGUUUUCUUCACAAGUUUUCUGAAUGCCACCUUCUGUACAUUUUGAUUCUAUAUUGACCUUUAAUCGAAAAUUGAAUUAAUACGUUAUAAAUCAUAUAUUUACUGUUAAACAUCUUUAUCAUCAUUCAGUCAAUUUAAAUUAAAACCUGACGUGUGAAAACCAAUAGCAAGACGCAAUUCUGAGCGCGAGUCAACUAAGUUCAGUUGCGGUUGAUUAUAUUAAAUAUAUUGUUAACCCUACUUUUUUACUUUAUGUAGGCAUUUUAAGUUAGUCGCGUUUAUGAACUUCACUGAAUAAGACACCUCAAUAAAAUGAAAUUUUGGAUAAUAUCUAUUUUUAUUUAUAAGUUAGUAAUUGCGGAUCCAGUGCCCAUAGUAUUGUGGCAUGGAAUGGGAGACACAUGUUGUGUCUCAGUAAGUCUUGGUUCUUUUAAAUUAUUUCUUGAGAAAAACAUACCUGGAGUAUAUGUGAAUUCCCUAAGAGUUGGAAAUAAUACAAUUGAAGACCUAGAAAAUGGCUAUUUCAUGAGUCCAAAUCAACAAAUAGAAUAUGUGUGUAACUUGCUGGCAUCAGAUUUGAAAUUACGAAAUGGAUUUAAUGCUAUUGGUUUUUCACAAGGAAGUCAAUUUCUGAGAGGAGUUGUGCAGCGAUGUGGACAUCAGUUACCACCUAUUAAAAAUCUAAUCACUCUAGGAGGGCAACAUCAAGGUGUCUAUGGUCUGCCUCAUUGUGGAGCUUUGCAGCAUGAAAGUUGUGACUAUGUGAGGAAGCUGCUUAAUUAUGCAGCUUAUUACAAGUGGGUGCAAAAAGCACUUGUUCAAGCUACUUACUGGCACGAUCCACUUGACGAGGAAACGUACAAGAAAGGUAGCCAGUUCUUAGCGGAUAUAAACAAUGAACGAGUAAUCAAUAAAACUUAUAUAAACAACUUGAACAAAUUGGAACAUUUUGUGAUGAUAAAAUUUGACGGUGACUCCAUAGUGCAGCCCAGAGGAACGGAGUGGUUCGGCUUCUACAAACCUGGGCAGGCAAAAGUCAUGCAAAGCCUGCAAGAGUCUGCUCUUUAUGUGAAGGAUCGCCUCGGCCUCAAGAAAAUGGAUAAAGCAGGGAAGCUGGUCUUUUUGUCACAGCCCGGCGACCAUCUCCGUUUCUCUCAAGAUUGGUUCAUUAAAAAUAUAAUUAACGUGUAUCUAGAUCCAAAGAAAUAAUUGAAGGCUGAUCAUAAUGAGAUUUUAGUUUAUAGUUUCUCAUUUGUGAUAGUUAUUAAAACAGAGAAAUGAAUCGUUUAUACUCAUAGUGUAGUAAGUAUGGGACAAUUAUAUUGUUGUUAGCCAUAAAGCACUGUUCUUGUGGUUAAUAAUUACGAUUUCUCAUUAUUUUAUUCUCACUAGGCAUAAUUAUAUGUUUAUUUAUAUACAAACUACUAUUGAUAAGUCAAAAUAGCAAAAUGAAUAUAUUAUGGUAAAUCAUAUUUUAAAAAAAUAAAGAUUGCUAUUAAAAUUAA